UCUGGCUCACGCCGUCCGAGCCGAAGCGUCAGACCGCGGCAAACCUGUUCCCGACCCUACUUUUCAGCCAACACCGAUGGCGCCCGCCCUGUCCUCCCUCUUCGUGUUAGCCGCCUCGGUGUCAGGGGCUGGCGCCGUGGUCGUCUACGACGGCUCUUUCGGCACUUUCGCGGAGGGCGCCUUCGGGCCAUUGCCAGCCGACGCCCCCGCGUGGUGCAAGGCGGAGGCCGACCUGACCUGGAAGCAGAGGAAGGAGCGCAUGGAGCAGCACGCCACGCUCGAGUGGGCCAAGAAGCAGGCGAAGCGACUGCAGGAGGAGAACGAGACGGUCCCCGAGUGGAUGGACAAGCUCGUCGCCGACGACGAGAAGCGGGGGAAGAUGAAGUGGGCCGCGGCCGAGGGCAAGCGCCUGAGGUCCGAGGGCCAGGAGGUGCCGCAGUGGAUGGCCGAGCUGGAGGCGGAGGACCGCAAGUGGGCCAACCGCUGGGCGGCGUGCAAGAGCGCCGAGCUGAAGGCCGCGGGCGACGAGGUGCCCGCCUGGAUGGCCGAGAACGCCAGGAACGGGAUCAUGGAGGCCGCCAAGGAGAAGGCCGAGGAGCUUCAGGAGCAGCUCGACGAGCUUGAGCAGGAGAAGGACGAGGAGACGGCCCUGGUCGGCGCUCAGGGCGAUGUCACCGUGGCCAACCAGAAGCUGCUGGCCAAGAGCCGGAAGGUGGACACCACGACCGUGGCCCACCAGACGCGUGUGCUCGAGGUGGCCCUCGAGGUGCUCGACGAGGCCGAGAGCAAGAUGCACCGCGGCGUCGCGACGUCCGAUGCGCAGUUCGUGUCCGACGCGCACAAGACGAAGGAGGCCCUGUGGAAGGCAAAGGCCGCGUCCGCGCUGCUCGGAGACAUCCUGGACAGGAAGGCGGCCCUGCUACUGAAGGCGGGCGCCGCCUGAGAGCGCCACCCUCGCCUGCGCGCGAAGCCUCCCCGCGCUGCCCGGCCAGUCGCCGCGGUCCCCGCCGUGUUCCUGGCCGUCUUGGCGCUGGGGUCCAUGCUGCCUGCAGCGGCGCUCCGCCUGCCGCGCCCCGUCGGCAG